AGGGCAACCUGUUCGCCGGGUUGAUUGUUUGUCGCCGGAAAGAGAAGAAGCGACGGGCCGAAAGACAAAGUUGGAGACGAGAAAGGAAUCGUGUUCCUUGCAGAUGGAGGAGAGUCCGCUGGAGCUAAGAUCUAAGGCCACUCCGUUCGUGAUGACCCUGGACUGGAGGCCGCAACCUGCGCUACGGGCGACAUCGAAGGGGAGAACCGAGUCGACGACGUGCAUGGCUAUGCCAGGCUUGGCUUCCCAUCGGAUGUGGGUUCGCCUGUGGUCGGUGGAGGAAAUGAGGACGAGGAGCGGCGGUGGGUGCCAUCCUCUCGCAAACCUAGUGCGCUCAACCCAGGAGCACACGGUAGUGGUUCGAGGUUCUUGGGACAAUUGGGCCAAUCUAAAGCUUGGGUUGAAGUUGGGACGUUCGGGGCCGGGUGUUGAAGUGUACGGGUGGAGAUUAUUUGCAUGCUUGGGUGGUGGAUAUUGAUCCACUAUUAUUGUUGUGCGAGGCCAGGCUUAAGGAAGGUUUAGGUGGGAAAGUCGUGCAGGGAACCGAGGGAGCAGGGAAGUGGGGAAUGGAUGCUUGGGUAUGUUUCGGGUAGUUGUAAAGGACCACAAGAAGUGAAAGCAUGGGUCCAAGAGAUGCUCAAUAAUUGGAUACCAGCCUA